AUGGCGCAGGCGCAGCCCGAGACACAACCGCCUCUGCCCCCGCGGAACCCCUUCAUCCACAAUGUCUGCAUCGCGGGCGCCGUCAUCACGCCGCUGGUGAUGAUCCUGCCGCCGCGGAAGAUGGACGUCCGAUUCUUCGUCCUCUUCGGAACCUUCUCCCUCUGCACGAACCAGCUCGCGUACGAGUACACGGGACAGUCCAUCUACGGGCGGUUCGGCAACCGCGUCGGCUCCGUCUUCGACUCGGGCCUGCCCGAGGGCGCGAGGCGGACGCAGCAGCUUCUGCGCGAGCAGAGAGAGCGCGAGGCGGCUGAGAAGAAGCGACAAGCCGAGCUGCAAGACAAGAAGGACGGGCUGAUGAAGGACAUUUGGAUGGGUGGCGAGGACGAGGACUGGUCCAAGAAGCGCGCCGAGGAGCAUCGCAAGAGCUUCGAGGAGGGCAAGGGGCUGAGUGACAUCAUCAUGGAACAGGUCAUGGAUGUCUGGCACGGGAACUGGAGGGCGGGAGCAAAGAAGGGCGGCGAGGAGGGCGACAAGUCGACGGGGAGCAGCACGGACGAGGCCCAGAAGAAGUGA